UAAGCCCGGAAAAAUAUGAAGUCUCUUGUGAUUCUUGCAUUGGCUGUUUUUACAGCAUGUUGCAAAACCAACAUAUCUAAUGAAGACAAGCCAAAUCCACAUCUGGAACACUUAAUAAAUGCAUUCUGGAACUAUAUUGCUCAAACAGUGCAUACUACUAAUGAAACUCCACAAAUGAUAAGGGCGACCCAACUGGGACAAGAAGUCAAACUAACACAGACUCCUCCAUCUGAAGAUAUGAUGACCAAAAUCACAGAGGAGACUGAAGUGCUGAGGGAGCGUUUGGGCCAGGACCUGAACACCCUGAGAGACAAACUGAAGCCCUAUGCCGACAACCUCAAGAGCCAGAUCCAGCAGAGAGUGGAGGAGCUCAGGACCGCCAUGACUCCAUAUGCAGAAUCCCUGGAUUCUGAGACCCUGAAGGCCACUCUGCUCCAGAAGAGUGAGGAGCUGAAAGGAAACCUGGAGCAGAGCGUGAAGGAGCUACAGGCUCAGCUGGAGCCCUACACAGCAGAAAUCAAGGAGAAUGUUGACCAAAAUCUGCAGGAAAUGAAAAAAUCUUUUGCUGUAUCAACCGAAGACCUCCAGUCCCAGAUUUAAUCUGCAAAGUUUUUU